AUGGUUAAAAAAGGAAUAGUACUUGGUCACAAAGUGUCGCAAAAGGGGCUGGAGGUUGAUAGAGCAAAGGUUGAAGUUAUUAAGAAAAUGCCACCACCAAUUUCGUUAAAGGGGGUUCGUAGUUUCUUAGAACAUGCCAGUUUCUACCGGAGGUUCAUCAAAGACUUCUCAAAGAUUGCACAUCCUUUAUGCAAACUCUUAGAGAAAGAGGUGAAAUUCCAAUUCGAUGAUGCUUGUAUAGUGGCUUUCUGGUGCUUGAAGGAAAAAUUAGUAUCGACCCCGGUCAUUAUCAGUCCUCAUUGGUUAGAAUCUUUCGAAGUAAUGUGUGAUGCAAGUGGAACGACAUUGGGUGUUGUGCUAGGGGAGAAACACAAUAAACUUUUUCACCCAAUUUAUUACGCAAACAAGACUCUAAAUAGUGCUCAGCGUAAUUAUACCGUGACUGAACAAGAGUUGCUUGUGGUAGUCUAUGCAUUUGAGAAAUUCCAGGCGUACUUGUUAGGCAGUAAAGUAAUUUUUCACACUGAUCAUGGUGCACUACGUUACCUAAUUGCAAAGAAGGAUGAAAAACCAAGGUUGAUAAGGUGGGUGCUCCUAUUGCUAGAAUUUGACUUUGAGGUCAAAGAUAGAAGAGGUUGCGAAAAUCAGGUGGCUAACCACUUAUCUAGGUUAGAGGGAAAGGAGAAUGAUGUGCCUCAGGUUGACCUAGAUGAUUUAUUCCUUGAUGAACGAGUGUCUGCAAUACCUCUCAAACAAACUCCUUGGUAUGCAGAUUUUUCCAAUUACAUAGUGUGCGGAUUGAUGCCGGAUGAGCCGAACUUCUACCAACAAAAGAGGUUCAUGUUUGACAUUAAAAAGUGCUUUUGGAUGAACCAUACUUGUUUCGGGGGUGUGAGGAUCAUAUCAUCAGGCGGUGUGUUCCGAAAGAAGAGGCGGUGGAAAUUCUCCAUGCUUGUCAUGCUUCACUGGUUGGGGGCCGUCAUAGUGGUGUGCAUACAUCCGCUAAAGUUCUCCAAAGUGGAUACUACUGGCCAUCCCUCUACAAAGAUGCGCAUGAAUUUUUCAAGAAAUGCGCCCAUUGUUAGAAGCAAAGUGGAGUAUCUAAAAGACACGAAUUAUGUUUCUAAAUGGGUAGAAGCUGUUGCACUUCCAAACAAUGAAGGGAGAAGUGUGGUUCAAUUUCUGAAACACUACAUCUUUGCUAGAUUCGGUACUCCUCGAUCUAUUAUCAGUGAUGGUGGUUCCCACUUUUGCAACAAAUGGUUCUCAACUGCAUUGAGUAAGUAUGGGGAGUGGGAUCAUGAGCGAGACAAAGACGCUCUUGGCGAGUCACCGAACCAGUUCGGCGAUCAUGAUUUGGUUUGCCUUAUGGAUCUAAAAAAUGAGGCUGAGACUUUGGAACAUUCGGCGAGACACCUUCACCAGUCAGCGUAUCGCCGAUGUGUUUAG